CAGUGGGCCGGCCGUGCGCGCGCCGAGGCUGCGGGGCCCGCGGAGCGAGGUGGCGGCUGCUCGCCCCGGACGGCCGCGCCAUGGCGGAGGAGGAGCUGGAGGCGCUGAGGAAGCAGAGGCUGGCGGAGCUGCAGGCGAAGCACGGGGAUCCUGGUGAUGCAGCCCAGCAGGAAGCAAAGCACAGGGAAGCAGAGAUGAGGAACAGUAUCUUAGCCCAAGUCCUGGAUCAGUCGGCCCGGGCCCGUUUAAGUAACUUAGCACUUGUAAAGCCUGAAAAAACUAAAGCAGUAGAGAAUUACCUCAUACAGAUGGCAAGAUACGGACAACUCAGUGGGAAGAAAUUCCUGGUGACUAUUUCAGUGAGGCACUUAGACAGGAGGGAAUCGUUGUAUCUGCCAUAAAUCCUAAAAGAUAACUGAUUGCCUUUCCUAAAACCCUCUGCUGCCUCCCUUCCUGGUGUUGUGAGCGAUGGGCGUGUAACCAGGGACCGUUAGGGUCAGCAUCCAAUUGCUUCUGCACUGGAGGCAGGUUUGUCAGUGACACCGACUAACGUCCUGCCAACGAUGGAAGUUAAGCUUGUUUUGCAAAUGAGGAGGUGCUAAAAUUUCUGGUUAUUACGUGCCCUGCUGUGACACCGUGAUGCGUGUCUUCUGGUGAGCCUGACCUUCCUUCAAGAUCCAGAUGAGCCCCACCUGCACCUGCUGCCUCCACAGCCUGCGGGAGUCAUUCUGCCCUGAACCCCUUAACGCUGAGCAUGCACGGGAGACACGACGACUGCUUCAUCUUUUCUGAGUGACUUCUCCUGCACUUACGCUUCUCCGGGGCAGACCCUCUGUUACGGGUCUCUGUGCCUGACCCUCAACAGCAGUUGGUGUAGGUGGUUGUCCGCUGGUGGUGAUGGAGGUGUUCUUAAAAGACGGGAACCUUGGACUCUCCUGAGAAAGCUAAUGUCGAUGGGUACUUACCUUUCCUCAAGUGAGCCUCGCAGAGCGAAAUUCUUGUGGAACAAACUGCUAGUUAGACCCUCCCAUCUUGCCUUUCCUUCCCUCUUGACCUCUUCCCCCACAUCCCAGAAUGAUUAAAACCAUUGUCUCCUGAGAUAAA